GUCUGUUUACAAAUCACACCAAGGGUCAAAGUUGAAGGCAACAGGAAGUGAAGCAGCUAGCUUGGGGAGCAAAGCAGCCUCUAAACAUGGACACGACCUCUAAGAAGGAGUGAUUUAAAGAGAAGUAGAGAAAAGAGGAUGAGUUAUAAAGAUAGAUGAAGUCAAACUGCACGUGACUUCCACCAUGUCGUGUUUUGGUGUCCACGCGGUGAGGUCGUCGCUGUCUCUACCUAAGCUGUGCAUCCUCUCCCUGCUGAACCUGAGACACCCACUCCAUCCCUCCUCUCUGCAGUCCUGGAGGAGAGUUCCUCACAGCUGUCCCUUUAGACUCGUCUCUACCGGACCAGAGCCGCCCCCUCUCCCCACGCUCACCGACACCACUGACACCACUGACACUACUGACCGCCUCCCCUCCACGUGGACUCCUGAGCAGGGUCCGCCCCCUUCUCCCUCACACUGCUGCAUGAGCGGCUGUCAUAACUGUGUGUGGAUCGAACAUGCGGAGCAGCUGCUGGAGUAUUACACGGACGGAGGGGACCGGGCGCUCGCUGCCAUCGAGGAGAACGUCCUCGAUGAGAACCUUAAGACUUAUCUGAAGAUGGAGAUCAGACUGUUAAACAAGAAGUGACUGAACAUUUCCUCAACACACUGACUGACUGAGCUCUUAUCUCACAUCUUCAUCCUCCUCCUCCUCUGAGUCGCACAGUUCAUGUCUGCACAGCAUUUCAGAACACAAACACACUCUCCAAUGAAAAGGAAAGGUAGCUGUUGACUCAGGACGUCCUCUGUGCCGUCUGUUGUAUCAAUAGUUUUCAGAUAUUUAAUUGUGGAAGUGUUGGCCUUCAGUUUAUUUUACUCAGAGGAGCUCUCAGUUUGAAGCAGGCGACUGAAGGUGCAGUGUGUUUGUUGGAAAUGAAGGCUCAAUGUCUGAUAGAAAAGGAGGGAUGCAUGUCGAAUCUAUCUGCACUGGUGUCGCUCAUUGUGUUUAUCAUUUGAGUCAUGACUUGAAUUAUGUUAAAGAAAAACAUUUCUUUUAGUCACCUUCUGUUACGAUCUUCUGAUUCAUCGUCACGUUCCUGUAGCUUUAAUCAGAUUUGCACUUUAGUUUUAUUUUCUGUCUGAAGCUUGAAUUCACGCUCUAAAGCAGUGAUUUUCAACCACUGUGCCGUGGAACACUAGUGUGCCGUGACAGAUCGUCAGGUGUGCCGUGGGACAUUUUCCAAUUUCACUUCAAUAGUCCAAAAAACAAUUAUUCAUAUGCUGCAAAUAAUUUACCAUGUAGUGCGUCUGUGUAGCAGCAGUGUAGUGACUGGCAGAGUAAUUCAAUACUCGUCCAUGUACUGACCUGCACUACCCAUCCACUGGGUGGCAGUAAAGCACACUAAUGACCGUGUUAAUUUAAGACUAUAGAAUUAAUGAUGCAUGUGAGAGGUGUAUGUGACAACAGCGAUGGGUAAAUAUUCAAAAAGGAAAACUCCAAACUGAGCCCUGGACUAAAUUCUAACCCGGAUGAAGAGCGUGAUAUGGGCCUUGGAAAAAUCAACUUGUCUGUGAGAGUUCUCAAAGCUAGCUACUUAGAAGCUGAACUCAUAGCCAAAUCCAAAAGCCACACACUGUGACAGAGACAUUAACGCUACAUGCAAAGAUCAUGUAAAUAAGAUGCUGUGCCCUGACACAGUUAAAGAAGCAGCCAAAGUCCCUCUCUCAGAUAAACAGGUUCAUAUAUUAAGAGACUAAAUGUGUCAUUUUGUAAACUUUUGGUCGGUGGUGUGACUCUGGACUUUUUUUUAAUGUAUGAAAUGUGCCUUGGCUCAAAAAAGGUUGAAAAACACUGCUCUAAAGUAUAUUUUUAUGAGUCAUCAUAUUUAAGAGUUUAAUAUGUAUUUAAAUUUUAUUGUGAAGUUUGUUUGUUGAAUAAAAGUGAUUUCAGAUAAACGUGAA